CCUCCAACCCGCUGUAAAAAAGAGCCUCGGAGAUUUUUCACAACAGCCUAAACUUUUAGCUGGAGCUAUCAGUCCAUCUUGUUCAGGACAAUAUUGUGGAUUAUCCAUUAUUUCAAAAUAUUAAGAGUUUCAUCAUUCCUACCAGAGGACCCAUGUGGGUGGUGGAGAAGAUCCGCUUGUCAGUGGAGAGAUCUUACCUGCCUAUCCCAUCAGCAGAACUCAGCUUCAAAAUUAGUGACAUCAUGUUCGGAGAAAAGGGUGACAAACCCAAAAGGAUUUCCCUCUGUCCUAAUGUCAUCACCCCCGACAACAUCCCAGAGUUCUGCAUCCCCCCAACAAUCCCAUCCCUGCAGGAGUUGAAGAAUACGGAGCAGAGCCGAGCUGCUUGCGUAAUCAAGGUGUCUCCCUGUGGGGGGGCCAGCCCUGAAAUAGAGGUGUCAUGUCAUGAGGCGAUGAACCCGCACAUUAUCCAGGUGGAGAGUGUGGAUGAGAGCCCCUAUGAUGGCUGCAGUGAUGAGGAGACCACCAAUGCGGAUCCCCAGAGCCAGGCUGCCUUGUCUCUUCCACACAUGGCCAAAGCUCAGACCUGCUAUGGCUUUUGCACCUUACUGGAGAGCCCCCACACUAGGAGGAAGGAAUCGCUCUUCCACUCCGAUCCUGGCUCCUCUCCCUUGCUGCUGCCCAGGAGUCGAUCCAGCGUGUGCUCUAAAGUCUCCCCCUCCACUUCUCCCUCCUCCUCUCCUUCCUCAUUCAGCCUUAACACCCUGGCCUCCAGGCUUUCCCCGAGAGGAUACACCCUGAACUGGCAGGCCACUUUGGACAGCGAUACAACUUCCUCUACUGAAUCCUCUCCUUUCAGCUCGCCACUGCUGGCCAGGUGCCCUGCCAAGUCUUCCCUCUUCAAAGCACUGAGCCAUGAACUGCUGUUGUCAAGGAACAUGAGGAAGGCAAUGGUGUCAAGGAACAAUUCCCUGUCCACAGAUGAAGGCAGCUCCACAGACAAUAGCCCCAAUGUCAUGAGGAGGGCAUCAGAUGGGUUAGCUGAAGGCCUGCCCAGCAGCUAUAGCCUGGCACCACCCAACAUCUUCCCCAUGGACUUGACUCUGCACAGAGAGAAGGUAAUGAAGGAGAGAAUGGCACCCAUAGGGAAAAAUGGCAGCCUAAGACUCUCAGCUGAGUACUGCCCGGAAAACCAAAGACUGCGGGUUCGACUGAUCAGUGCUGAGGGCCUCUAUCCGCUCUCUGUAGACCCCAAGAUUAUCAACUGCAGCGUCAGCCUCUCUCUGGUGCCCGGAAAAGUCCAAAAACAACGCAGCACAGUCAUCAGAAAGAGCCGUAAUCCAAUCUUCAAUGAGGAUUUCUUCUUUGAUAGUAUCUCAGAGGACGAUCUCAGCCAGCGGUCCCUUCGCUUUAAAGUGGUGAACAAAAUGUCCACCCUGAAAAGAGACUAUCUUCUGGGUGACUGUGAUUUGCCUCUUUCUAGCAUUGUGACAUCAUAAACCUAAGUACUUCCUUAACUGCUUAUUUAUGAAUGAAAUUAUUUAUUCACAUUUUUGUAUUGUAAAUCAAGAUUUUAUA